CUGGUUUUCUCCCUGCCCCUCCCGAGUUGUUCGAGUCACCCUGGAAGCCGCCAACGCUAUGACCACAGACGAAAUUGGGAUUGUUAACGUCGACGAGGAGACACCGCUCCUCCAGCAAAGGAAGGAGAGGACACGGACGCCGUUGCCUAAACUCCAGAUCGGGAUCGUCCUCCUGCUGCAGAUGUGUGAACCUAUCUGUAGUCAGUCGAUCUACCCUUACAUCAACGAGCUCGUUAGUGGGCUUGAGAUUAUCGGUGGAGAUAUUCGGAAGGUUGGAUAUUACGCAGGUCUCAUUGAAUCCCUAUUCUUCGCAACUGAAGCAAUAACUGUUCUACAAUGGAGCAGAACGUCCGACGUGAUUGGGCGAAAACCCGUCAUCCUUAUUGGAAUGAUUGGAACUAUGAUCUCUAUGCUAUUGUUCGGGCUUUCACGAACCUUUUGGACACUGGUGGUGAGCCGAUGCCUAACAGGACUGUUGAACGGGAACAUCGGGGUUUUGAAAAGCGCGAUGGGGGAGCUGACCGAUUCUUCGAAUCGAGCGGAUGCCUUUGCCCUCAUGCCAGUGGCGUGGGGCGUCGGGGCUAGUGUAGGGCCACUGAUUGGCGGUUCUUUCGCAAGACCCAGCGACCAAUUCCCUACGCUCUUCACUGACCAGUUUUGGAAGGAUUAUCCUUAUUUCCUGCCGUGUCUGGUGUCUGCCCUCUUCGUGGCUAUCUGCGUUAUCAUUACGAUUUUCUGGUUCAAAGAAUGCAAUCCAGUCAAAUCCCAAAAUGAAAAAAGGCUAGGGUCAUCAGCCUCAUCCGAGUCGUCGUCGGUGGCUUCCACAGCCAGCCAAGAGGGCGAGGUCCUUCCUCUCCGCAAGCUCUUGACCUUCCCCGUUGUCAUUUCCAUCCUCAACUAUGUCGUUUUGGCCUUCCUCAACAUCUCCGUGAGCGCCUUGCUCCCUCUCUUCUUCCAUAUGCCUAUCGAGAUGGGAGGUCUGGACCUCGAUCCUGCGUACAUCGGGUAUGUCAUUGGAAUCUACGGUGCGGGUACCGGUCUCUUCCAGGUGCUCUUCUUCGCACCAAUCGUUCGUCGAUUGGGCGUCAGAAGGGCGUUCGUCUGGUCUGUCUCCACCUUUGCGCCCGUGUUCAUGACCUUCCCGGUGACCAGCUUGGCUGCGAAGCAAUACGGCGUCUCAUGGCAGGUGUGGAUACUGGUCGGCUUCUUGGUCUUCCUGCUAUUCUUCAUGGAUACUGCAUAUGGAUGCGUCUUCAUGUACGUGACAGCCUCAGCACCUAAUAAGCGAUCAUUAGGCGCCACCAACGGCCUCUCGCAGACCACGGUGUCGCUUGCAAGGGCUAUUGGUCCAGCCUUGUCGACGUCCCUCUUCUCGUUCUCCAUCGAGAACAACAUAUUAUAUGGGUAUGGCGUAUAUGCUGUACUCGCACUUCUUUCUCUCGGAGCUUUACUCUUGGCAAUUCAGCUGCCGGAAAGGCUAUGGGGAGAAGAUGAUCACGAUCACGAAAAUUAACGACUAGUGUAUUGGAACUGCAUAAAAAGGUUACGAUAGUGUAUAGCUCACGAAUGUUGAAGCUUCAGUGCCGUUGUUU